AUGUUUUAUAGAUAUAUAAUAUUAUUAUUAAUAUUUAUUAUAACUAUAAAAGCUUUUGGUUUUACUAAUUUUUCUAAUCCUUUUUUUGAUGAUAAUUUUGUUGUUCAAAGAAAAAAAAGAGGAAUUUUAAAAUUUAAAUCAAAUUUAUGGAGUGAAAGAGAAAUUGAAUUUUAUAUCAAUGAUACAUUAAAUUAUAAUACAAUUUUAUAUGCUCUUUAUUUAAUUAGAAAAGAAACAUGUUUGAAAUUUAAACAAACUUAUAAUCCAAAAAAAGCAUUAUUUAGUUAUCAACCAGAUAAGUAUUAUCAUACAAAAUUAGGAAAAGGAAUUGAAAUUCCUCAUAAAAUAUAUGUACACAUAUCAGUAAAAAAUAUUAAAUUAAUUAUUCGAGAAACAAUGCGUGCUUUAGGUAUUGAUUAUGAACACAAUAGACCUGAUAGAAAUAGAUAUGUAAUAAUUAAUAUAUUUAAUAUAAAUCCUUUUUUUUUUAAUUUUUUUGAAAAAAGAAGUUCUCGAACAGUAGAUACAUAUGGUUUUGGUUAUGAUUAUAGAUCAAUUAUGCAUUUUUCAAGUUAUGAAUAUUCUAUGAAAGGUAGAAAAACAAUUGAAUCAAGAGAUAAAUUAAUGAUAUCUUCAAUAGGUAAAUCAGAAAUUUUUACCUUUAAUGAUAUCAAACUUUUAAAUUAUAAAUAUUGUACAUUUAAUAAUAUUCCAAGAAUACAUUGUCGACAUUAUGGAUAUCCAGAUCCAAAAUUACCAACAAGAUGUAAAUGUUUACCAUUUAUGUAUGGUGAUUUAUGCCAAUUUCGUCUUGAAAAUAGAGGUUUAUGUACUCAUCAAAAUAGUUUUCUUGCAACACCAACAAUAAGUACAAAUACAAUUUUAGUUGGUGGGAUAUGUUAUUUUUAUAUUGGAUCUGAUAAUGGUGGAAAAAUAAAAUUACAAAUAAAAUAUAAUAAUGACAGUAAUAUAUUUUAUAACAAUAAGGAAUAUCAUGGUAUUGAAGUAAAAUAUAAAAGUGAUUUAUCUGUAAGUGGAGUAUACUAUCCACCUACUUCUAUUCCUUUAAAUAUUAUCUCUGAAACUGAUAUGAUUGUAAUUCAAUCAAAAUUUACUCCACAAAUUACAAAAGUAUCAAUUUCAUACAGAGAAAUUUUGCAAUAA